AGCGCGUGUGCUAUGCCCGCCCGCCCGCCGGUUUGCCGCAUAAUUUUUCCGGCGUCACCAUUUUUUCGCAUUAGUCGGCACUUUUUCGCGGGCGGCGCCACGCGCGUCGGCCCUUUCGGCGUCGAACGCAGACACUCACCUCACAGCGCAGAGAUUUCCGGUGACACCACACAAAUUCGGCCGAAAUCAUUCCAAUCAAUCACGGCCUGGCCGCCAAAAAUAAAAUUGCCCUGUUGGACCGCAAACAACCGAGCUUCCGAUCACCGCCGCCAGAGGUGCUGCAGUCGUGCAGUGAUUGGGCGCCGGCACAGCAGCCAAUCAGGCGCCGUCCUCCUUGACAGCUGAGUUGGAAAAACACAAAUUUGACGGAAACAAUUUUAAAUCUGAAUAAUUCGCUUGGAUUUAAGAUUAAUUUGUACAAAAAUAAUUAUUGCUUCGUAAAAUGGAUUCCGUCGAAGUUAUCGAGCAGAGAAUAUCCGCUUUGGAGGAGAAGGUUUUCGGAAGAAGCAAAUUAUCAACUGAACCAGCACCUGAGCUUUCUGCAGAGCUGUUAAACGUCAACUCAAAAAUCAUCUCAGCUUUGGCGCACAGGGACAGUAUCAAUUCAGUUUUGAACCGACUGGAUCAGUUGGAGGGCUUCAUGGACCCUAUGUACGUCACGAAAAGUGGCCUCACCCCUGAAACAAAGCUGGAGCUUGUCAAAAGUGCAGAGGACGAGAUGAGAGAAAUAUUAGCCAACUUUGAACAGGUCAACAAACUUGCCCCGGCCCUUGAUAGUGACUACAUCAAGAAGGUGCCUGACAUGACGGCCGAACUGGAAAAACAAACCCUGGUUUAUUUGGAUUUCAAGGAAAAAGCGGACAAGCAGACUGGUGACGUGCAGGAUCUUCUAAAAAAAUAUAAUGAAAUCGUAACGCUUAUUUCUGCCUCUUUUGUGAAGUGGGAUGAGGUGAUCACCAACUAUGAAAUUGAUGCUGCUGAGAAGAAGAUCAUUGAUUAGGUAUUUUACACCCAAUAUUUCUAAUAAUUUUUGCAAUUAUGUUAAAAACUAUGAUAUUUAUUAAUAAAUUUAAUGAACCUUCACUGGCAGACGGA